CGUUGUCCUGAAGCGAGCAUUUAGUAUUAAUAACGACUUUGCUGCCAUAGCAGUGGAGAACGAGGAAGAGACGACUUGUUGAAAUUUCCUAUUUCGCUCUGGUGAUAACAUUUGCACCUCAAAAGCAAACUAAAUUUGAUAAAGCUGCUCAUUGUGCAAAGCGACAGUUUAGUUUCCGAACCAACGGGACAAUCCAUCAUCGCCCAUCUUCCACAACAUCACUUUGCAACCCCAUAAAGAGACCGAGGCCAAACCGAGGGGUUCUUGCAAUCGGAUUUGAAGAGGAAUUGGCAACAACACCAACUGCACCAGUGCCACCAUCAACCAAACAUCAAUUAAUGUCUGCAAUGCAGCAGCUAAUGGAACAAAGGAAGCUACUCCAACAACAUCCCUUGGCCGACAUCAAAUUAUGGCUUUUGUUUGGUUUGCUUUUGAACGUGGCCCAUUAUCCGCGUGCUGUUAAGGCUACCGACGACGUGGCCAAUGUUUCACCGUGUGAACUGGAAUCGAUAAUAAAUCAAUUGGUGAAUCCUUCGCCCCAAUACCAAAUGCAGGUGUCCUCCCUGCGGAAUCAGCUGCGCAACAUUUUAAGGGAACGACAACUCGAUGAAGGGGAAGAGCAGAGCAUCAACAACAACGAGUUGGAUUAUUUGGAAGAGGACAAGCGUUCUGUGGCUGCAUUGGCUGCUCAGGGACUAUUAAAUUUGAACUGGUCCCCGAAACGAAGUUUAGCCACGUUGGCUAAGAAUGGACAACUGCCCACACCCGACCCGGAAAUAGUACCCGACGAAGAGCAACGUUCGGAGGAUAAACGUUACAUCGGCUCUUUGGCCCGUUCGGGUCAAAUGUUGGGCUAUGGUAAGCGUAACAUCGGCACAUUGGCUCGAGACUUUCAAUUGCCCAAUGGCAAACGCAAUUUGGCAACAAUGGCCCGUCUUGGGCUAUUGGGCCGCAAUGAACCUAAGCGCAACAUGGCUGCAGUGGCCCGAUACAAUUCGCAGCGCAUGUACAACAAUGCUAACAACGCCGCGGAGAAACGCAAUAUAGGCGCUUUGAAGGCCUCCCCCGUUCACGGCGUCCAGCAGAAACGAGGCGAAGACGAGGCCCCUGUUUAUUUGCCCGCCAGCUUCGACUACGUCGACCCCUUGGCUUACUAUUGGAAUUAUGGCACCUAUGCCGACAUGGACUGGGGCGAUUUCGGAAGGGCCCAAAAAAGGUUUCUCGACACUUCCAAGGACCCGGAACUGUUCGGCAUCGAGAAUGCCAAUUUCCUGCAAACGUUGGACUCCAAGGAGGCGGCAGUCGGUCGAACCGGAACGGAGACUGCUGAAAGUAUCGACAUGGAUUCCGAGUCUGGUGCCGAGCCCAUACCCCUAACUGCUGCCGAGUCUGAGGACAGCGAUGCCUACGAGACUCCCAGUAAACGACAUAUCGGAGCGGUCUAUCGCUCCGGAUUCCUGCCAUCCUAUAGAGCAUUGCGCAGCCCCAUGGGUUCCGGAAGCGGCGGCGCUGUAGGUGGAGGCCGUUUUAGUCGUUCUGGACGUGCCAGGCAAUUUGUCGAGUACUACCCCCCACCAGAGCGACUGCGUCAACCCAUCGCAGCCGUUUGUAAACGCUGCUUCUUCCCCUACCGGCCGAUGGUGAACUGGGGUGCCGCCGGAAUGCGUGGUCGCUGGCCCCUGUACAUGCAGUCCAUGGAACACCAUAGAAGCAUCUCUACCAAUGACCUACCUUCCGCAUAUUACCCUCGCAACCUCCGACGCCAGGCAGCUGUGUCUGCGCCCUUCCAUUCCUGGGGUACGCCACCACGUAUAACGGCCAUGAAUCGCCGCAGUUUUCGACGCAAUGAUCUCAACAACCUAACACGAUACUAGAAACAUGAACAAAAGUAAAAAUAUUAAAAAAAUAUAUAUAUUAAAAAAAAACAUAUAUACAUAUAAAUAUGUACACAUAUACAAUUAAAUUAAUUAAACAAACAAAUUAUUGAGUUGCAGAACAAGUCGCAAACAAAUUGAGACACGGAACAAUUAAGAAGAAUUAUAUCAACAUUUAUUCAUAUCUUAAUUAAAUACUGAUUAAUAAUAACAUAUCUGGACAAUAAUAUCACAUAUAUAUUUAUAUACAAUAUAAGUAUACACAAACACACACAUACACACACCUACUAUACAAGUACAUAUAUAUAUACAUAGAGUAGAAAGGAAAGGAAGCCAACCGUUGGCACGAAUUAUGUUUCCCUUCAAACGGACUUUGGGGGACAUUAGAAUAGAUUCAUUAGGAUUUGAGCGGAAUACCAGAAUGUCGGACACAAGCGACCUGCCUGCUUGGCAGGACCAUUGAUCAGGAUCACGCUAUGCAUGCAUUUUGUAGCCGAUUGUUUUCCUGCCCGAUGUUCUGAGUGUUUUAUCCUUUCCACAAUGUUGGAAGGUUUCCCAAGGUCCUGACGGAAAACCAAAGCUAAAUAAAACUUAUUAAUAUGACAAUAAAAUGUUGCAAAUGCAAUUUCGCUGAAAAUUCCUAUAAAAAACCAAAAAUAUAUAUACAUAUAUAUAAUUAACAUUAACAAAUCAUUACAAUUUAAAAAAAAAAAAAUCAAAUUUAUUUACUAUAUUGUGUGUAUUGCAUAUUUUAAAUUAUUAAUUACAAAAAAAAAAAGAAAAGAACAAAGAAGGAAUUCCGAAUAAAACAUAUUAGGUACUGCUUAGUAACAGAGACAAUAAUUUUUAAACAUUACCAUGGAUGUUAGAAAAUAAACAAAAA